AUGCUAUGGCGAGACUUCUCUCCACUGAAGGUGUACGAGCUGUGCAAGCCGAUGACCUUGCCCGAAGGCGUUCUCAUCUCACACGAUUUUGCUGAACCAGUGAGAUACGUGCAACAAGCAGUAUACCACCAGAACUGCCACCACGGCGCAACGCCGCUAAUGAAUACCAACACCAACUUGGUGAUCAACACGUUUCUGGAAAACCUCCCUAUUGUGGUGGCGCUGUGGCAAGAGUACACAAGAGGCUCCGGCUCCGGAGGCAGCUUUCUCUUUAGUGUAGCGCCGAUAGUAUACUCGAUGGCGACGCUGGCGGUGAUCACGUGGUUCCUUACCAUUUUCGUCAUGACCAACUAUAUGAUCAAGCCGUCUUUGCUCCUCAAGACGUCGGUGGUCAUGGCCUCGGUAUACAUGCUAAUAGUGGUGGUCAAGUCCAUUGUGGUCCUUCACAACCAGCAGCGAAAUGGCUAUUUGCACGGCCAGGUGCUUCUCGAAGUGAUCAACCUGAAAACCUACUUGAAGGUGAUCGACUUGUUUGUCACGUUUUUCCUCCAGAUCAACCAGGUGCAGAUCAUCAUGCGGCUAUUCUCGCGGCAGAGCGAUAAGAGACUCAUUUUCUUGGUGGGGCUCACCACGUCCAUCGCCUCACAAACACUAUGGAGCGUGAGCAAGUUCCACUCUUUCGCCGACUCCGCCGAAGCAGGAAAAAUUCUUCCGGCAUUCACGUACUUGAUCCGCAUUGCAAUGAGCAUCAGCUACGCGGCCAUCUUCACCGCAUUUCUCAUCACCAAGAUCAAGACCAUUAUGCUCUACCCGAACAUAUGGCCGAUUUCGGUGCUAUCUCUCAUUCUCAUAUACACCCCGGUGGCGUUCUUCAUCUCCGAUGUCUCGAGCGCAUGGGUGUAUGACCUCGCCGAAAUCUUCUCCAUUGCCUCCUAUGUAGUCUGCGUGGUCAUACCUUGGGAAUGGUGCAACAAGUACAACGUCAUUCGCAAGAUACAGGAGAAGGAGGGCGUUCUCGGACGGAAAUUCUAUGAAGAUGAGAUAUAUGAGCUAGAUAAGCUCGAACUAUUUGUGGAGGAAGACUCGGCGGACGAGUCGUACAAUGGCCGGUCCAUGAACAGAAGCUUACUUUCCCGCAGGUCGCUACAAAGUCUGAGAACGGCCCCUUCUCUGUCUUCGACUUGCCAUGAAAACCCUGUGAAACCGCGCGUGCAAGCGGUCACCGAGAACUUGGGGCAUGGCUUCUUCUUCAUACGAGACGGUUUUGUCAAGGUGACCGACUUUAUCAUUGCCACAGGAAUGGCCAUCCCGAGGUCCGUGAGC